AUGUCAGUCCCAUUUAGCCAGUUUCCUUCAACCGCAACCAUUGUCCCAGCUCCUUUUCAAGUAGCCGUCCCCGAUGAGCAGAUAGCCGAGCUGAAGACCCUGGUGAAGCUCGCUAAGAUAGCUCCACCUACACUUGAGAAUCAGCAACAGGACCGUCGAUAUGGUGUCACAUCCGACUGGCUGACGACCAUGCGAGAGAAAUGGUUGAACGACUACGACUGGAGAGUUACCGAGGCCCGUAUCAAUAGCUUCCCUCAGUUCACAACAAGGAUCGAGGACAUAUCGCUGCACUUCGCAGCUUUGUUCUCGGAAAAGAGAGACGCAGUUCCUGUGAUACUCCUUCAUGGAUGGCCUGGGAGCUUUCUGGAGUUCCUUCCCAUGCUUCAACUGUUCAAGGAGGAAUACACUCCCACCACAUUGCCGUAUCACUUAAUUGUGCCUUCGCUUCCCGGAUAUGGGUUCUCGUCUAGCCCACCCUUGGACAAGGAGUAUAAGAGCCAUGACGUGGCACGAGUGAUGGACCAGUUAAUGAAAGGACUCGGUUUCGGAGGCGGCUAUGUUGCUCAGGGAGGCGAUAUCGGAAGCCGCAUCUCGAGGGUGCUGGCAGUGGAUUUCGAAAGUUGUAAAGUAAACUUCUGUACCAUCCCACGCCCAGAGGCCUGCUCAGAUGACAGCCUAUCUGCUUCUGAGAGACGUGGGGUCGAGAGGCUGAACGCCUUCCUAACGACUGGGCUAGCAUAUGCAAUUGAACAAGGCACAAAACCAAGCACCAUAGGUCUUGUCCUGUCUACCAACCCCAUGGCUCUGCUGGCGUGGGUUGGAGAGAAAUUCCUCGAUUGGGUGGACGAGCCUCUACCUUUAGAGACCAUCCUUGAUUUCGUCUCUCUGUAUUGGUUUACGGAGACAUAUCCGCGGGCCAUUUACUUUUACCGCGAGUUCUCCUCCGAACUGAGUACACGGUGGUUCAUACACAAACCAUUUGGAUAUUCCUAUUUUCCCAUGGAACUUUAUCCGGCUCCUAGAUCCUGGGUGGCCACAACAGGAAAUCUGAUCUUCUUCAGAGAUCACCAAAAGGGCGGUCAUUUUGCGGCGCUUGAGCGACCCCAAGUCCUGAAAGCGGACUUGACAGGUUUCAUUGAGCAAAUUUGGCCAAGCAUUGCAGCGGUGGAGUAA